GUACCGGUUUAGUGGUGACGUUGAAGAAAAAGAAACUUCAACUUUUCACCGGUCUCGAUACUUUUGGUCCACAGCUAUACAAUGUCAUCCCAGUGUACUGUGAAUGGGACCACUUCCGGGUCGGUGCAAGUUGUUUUGGAUUGUAUCAAUCGAGACAUUUCGCAGACAAUAUCGUGCCGUAGACUCUUGACGUUUAACGUGGUAGCGCUGAGUGAACAGCUGUGUUGAAUCCAUGUACGACAUCAUCAUCUUCUGACUGGAUAUGUCAACAUUUGCCGCAUUCACAGACAGAUGGCAACAUCAAAUACAGCUGCCAUGUAUUGUAUUCUGAAUUUUUCUGCAUAGAAUACAAAUAGUAACUAACGUGUGAAGCAGACGAAGGUGACGUUUACAGAAGUAGAUUUCAGUAAAUAUGUUAAAGUAUGACACUGGAGGUAAUUUGACAUGGCGGUGUAUUAAAGGAGACACAAUUUCGAUGCAUUUAUGUAUUAAUAUCUGAUAUCUUAACUGUAAGAUAGACCAAUUCGUCUGACAUAUUCAUCAUGCAUUCUGAUACUGGUGAACAAAAAGACGAUUUUCACUGGGCUCAACCAGACUGUAAGCAGACGAAAAAAGCUGAUGAUGUCAUUCGCGGUGACGUCACCCGUGACGUAAGGUGCAGUUCUUGGAAGCACCUGCUGCCAGGAGCUGCCGAUAAACAGUCCAAUUCUGUAGUUAAUAAAGACGAAAGUGGUCGCGUGAAUUUACAGCCCAGCGAAGCUGUUUCACAAGGAAUUACUAAUAAACAGACCAUUGUUAUAUGUAAUAAGAAAAUAUAUGGUGACAUGCUUUGGCAGACCAGUGAAAGUAAUGUAAAAGGAACUGCCAACAGAUUAUUAAGUCGUGUAGUUAACAAUCAGGGCCGUUACAGACGACACGGUCUGGACGAUACCAGCGUACCAGUAAGUUCAAACCAAGAGCGAGUAAUACCAAGAAGGAAAUUGCUACAUUGUGAAGCAAACUUCAACAGCCCUAAAACUAAUCAGACAAAGUGUGAAUGUAUGGAAUUGGAUGUGGAUUCGUGUAGACAUGAUGCCCAUGGACAACCUCUAUCAGCAUUUUCUGUCUCUAAGGAUACUUCUCGAGCGUGUGAAACACAAUCUCAUCAUAAUUUCUCUUCAGAAUUGUACUCGAAAGAGUUCCCUACAUUUGGUGGCUCGUCAGAUACCGCUAGUGACAUUAAAGCUACAGACCUGGUAGACUCAAACAUUAUUGUGAAGGACGCUGUACCACAAGGAAACCUUUCAGAUGAUAUCACGCUGAGUGUUGCCGAAUCUGUUGUGAUUCAUACCCAAGAAAUUGUAGCUCCAUCUUUAUCUGAAACAAACAGAGUAGCUUUAGAAUCAGUUGAACAGGAUGUAGAUGUCGAACACCCUAUCUUUAAUAAAGGUUGUGCUCGAACUGUGGGUGUUCCAGAAAUGAUCGAAAUAAAUUCAUUGGAAGCAAAAAGUUUGAUGGCAGCUAGUAAGACUCGCGUGAUUGAAUUGGGAACAAGGAUGUCGAAAGGAGAGGCUGGUUCGACAGAAGACAAAUCUAGUAAGGAUGUUACAAGAGGAGUUGCACCAGGCUCCAAUGCUGGCUGGUUUAUCGCCCCGGAAACCGUUCUCGUGGAAGAUCAAGCUUUAGAAGGUCCUGUUAUUCAACUGGACGAGGACGGGCUGAAUCUGGACUACAUGCACGUGUUCUGGGUGGAUGAGGAGUCAGAGGUGAUCAGCGAGGAGGACAAACUCGAACACUCCGUACGUCAGAUGACGAAACGCGAAAAAGACCGCCAGAAGAAACGAGCGAUGAGGGCCAACCCAGAAUACAGAGAGAAGGAGACGGCUAAAGCACGACUGAGGAUGAAGAUGAGGCGCCAGGACCCGGAGUACCGCGAACAGGAACGUCGUAGAGACCGCGAUAGGCGGAGACAGGCCAGGUCCAAGAGUGGCUUGUGAUGUCACGACCUCCGAAUACCGCGAACAAGAACGUCGUAGAGACCGCGAUAGGCGGAGACAGGCCAGGUCCAAGGGUGGCUUGUGACGUCACUACCCCCGAGUACCGCGAACAGGAACGUCGUAGAGACCGCGAUAGGCGUAGACAGGCCAGGUCCAAGAGUGGCUUGUGACGUCACGACCUCCAAAUACCGCGAACAGGAACGUCGUAGAGACCGCGAUAGGCGGAGACAGGCCAGGUCAAGGAGUGGCUUGUGAUGUCUGCAGGCCAGGUCAAAGUGACUUGUGACGUCAGCGGGCCAGGCCAAAGAGUGGCUUGUGACGUCAGUGGGCCAGGUCAAAGAGUGGGGUGUGACGUCACGACCCCCGAGUACAGCGGCCAUGUCAAAGAGUGGCUUGUGACGUCACGACCCCCCCAGUACCCCGGCCAAGUCAAAAAGUGGCUUGUGACGUCACGACCCCAGAGUACCGCGGCCAGGUCAAAGAGUGGCUUGUGACGUCAGCGAGCCAGGGCAAAGAGUGGCUAUGACGUCACGGCCCGAGUAAGAACGUCGUAGAGAUCGCGAUAGCCGCAAAGAAGCUUAUGACAUCAUAAUAGCUUUGAUACUGCCACAUGCCCAAGACAGCGAACUUGAGCUACAGCUGGAUGUAAACCACAGAAGUGAAUUAACAGACGAUCACAUAUAUAACUGGUUGUUUUGUGAAAUUUAAACAAUUGGAGAACUGACAGCUGGUAGUGCGUGGGUUCGAAUCCCAUUUGGGACAUAGAAUUUCAAAUACCAGAUUAAUUCCACGGAAAAUUGUUUCCAAGUAUUUAUUAUCAGAUGACCAUAAGCUUUAUGCUGCAAUAAAAGUCAUCAACCUAC